AGGGGAACUGGGAAAGUAACUCGGAAAAGUGAGUGGGAUUCUUUUAUCUUUUCUUCUUUUUCCUCCUAACCCGAAAGGAGCCGUUUAAAGGACAGCAAAGCAGCCGGGUGCACACGCUGACUGGGGAGACACAAGGAAAGAGGGCACGGCACGCUCGCACCCACACAUCAGCUGGGCGAGGGUGCACGAUCCUAUGCUUGGUUUUCCCCCAACAUGACUCUGUACGAAAGAAGCAGCACAUAGUAAACAGAUUCAUCAUGCGACGAAGCACGGGAAGGUGAAACAGAAGCAGAAAGAGAAACUAACACUGAAAGGAAGAAAGGGGAAAAAAGCGACUGCCAAUUACUUCCAGAGAAAGUGGGUGGAUGUCGUUCGUGUAGCCGUGACUUGGGAUUUUAGGGGAUGCACCCUUACAUUUUGCUUCCCACUACCCCGAGCCUCCCUUCUCCAGUGGCAGAAAGCGGCUGUACUUGGUAGGAGAGGAGGAGUAGGAGGAAUAAACAGGAGGGUUUCUUUCUGCAGUGCUUGCGAUGCCCUACUGAUGCUGCUUUAAGGAUUUUUUUUUUUCCGGUGGAUGUUGAUUUCUUGACCUCGAUUUUGAGUCCUCUUAGUUGUAUCGCAGUUUUUGUUUUGUGUUUUUGUUUUCUUUGGCGAGAAGAGGACAGGGGGAGGCUGGCUUCGGUGCUGAAAGUUGCAAUCAUCACUAUUCUGGAGCCAGCAUGUGCACCAACAUAGUCUACGAGUGGCUGAAGACCCUGCAGCUCUCGCAGUACGCGGAGUCCUUCGUCGACAAUGGCUACGACGACUUGGAGGUUUGCAAGCAGAUCGGGGACCCGGACCUGGACGCCAUCGGCGUUGCCGUGCCCCACCACCGGCGACGGAUCCACGAGGCCGUGCGGCGGCUGAAGGAGGACACAAAAUCGGUUUUAAUGCUUUGGGGUUUUUUUCUCCAUUUGAACGUGCCUUGGGCCCUCCAUGGGCGUGUGUGUACAGAUAAUGGCGAGGAACCCGGGAAUGGCCUCAGCCAAGGCCUCCGCGCUGCUCCUUGGAGCAGCCCCAGGCCCUGGUUCCGUCUGCUGCAGCCGGCUCUGCCCUCGGCGCAGCUGCGGUGGCAGGUCCUGAGCAGCGUGGACAUGAACCUACCGUCAUGUCUGGCCAUCUUAAUUCAGCAACGUAGAGGUAACCUCUGUUUCCAGUUCUCCUUGUACCUACUUGCAGUCAGGGUCUGGCAAGGACGCCAGCCUCUCUCCCUGGUUAUCAGAGGGGCCCGACGCAAGGGCGUGAGACCCUCCUCAGCCUUCACAGCGGUUCCCCAGCAGCUUCUUUAG